AUGAGCACCGUCAACGGAUACGGCACUGCUGGGCCCGGCGGCACCGCCCGCCAGAGGGACACCGGCCGGGCCGGCCACAAUGCUUCAGACGAGGAGCAACCUCUGCUCAACGGAGUCAGCACGCCUAGAGGGAACUCAAAGUCGCUCACCUCGCGGCUGCGCAAGGCCGCCGCCGCCGACGUCAAGCGCGACUGGGCCGACGUCGUGCUCAUCUUCUGCUACAUCAUCACGGGCCUGCUGGACAGCUCUGCCAUCUCGGACUGGGGAUCCUUCGUCUCCAUGCAGACAGGAAACACCGUCUACAUCGGCCUCGGCCUGGCAGCACCAACCGAGGGCACCCGCUGGAUCAAAUCCGGCACCUCCCUGGGCUUCUUCUGCAUCGGCUCCUUCUUCUUCAGCCGCUUCCACAGGCACUUCGGCCCCAAGAAGCGCGCAACCCUCAUCGCCUCCUUCUCCCUGCAGGCGGCCCUCUGCAUCGCCGCCGCCUCCAUCGUCACCUUCGGCCCGGGCGCGGGCGGCAGAGGCCCGCCCAACAGCAAGGACGCCAUCACGUGGGACGUCCUGGUUCCCAUCGCGCUCGUGGCGUUCCAGGCGUGCGGGCAGGCCGUCACCAGCCGCGCCAUCAAGUACAACGCCCUGACGAGCGUCGUGCUCACCAGCAUCUACUGCGACCUCUUCAGCGACCAGGACCUGUUCCGCGCUGACAACGCCGAGCGCAACCGCCGGGUAGGCGCGCCGUCCAUGUGUCUCCUGGGCGCCAUCCUCGGCGGACUUUUCGCGCACUCGCGGUUCGGCAUCGCUGGCGCCAUGUGGACGGCCAGUGCUAUGAAGGUGUUUGUCAUUAUCGUCUGGACCCUGUGGCCUGGCGAGGCGGCGGAGGAGGACUGA